GCUCUGCAAACAAAAUAACACCAAAGAAAACUUCCGGGUGGUGGAACUGAUGCAACUUAACGUUAGUUGGACUCUACGGACGCAUCUAAGUGUAACUCAACGAUGGCAGCGCUGACGAAAAAGCAUGGAGACGAUGCACAGCCUUUGUCUGAUGACCCCGGUGACCAGAGGAAUUCUGAGGAAGGGAGCAACAAUGAAGGAUCUGCUGAUGGAGGAGAUGAAGAGGAGGAUGGAGAUGGCAGUAAUGCAAAUGCUGGGUGGGCUGAGGCCAUGGCAAAGAUCCUUGGAAAGAAAACCCCCGAGAGUAGAAGCAGUAUCCUGGUGAAGAGCAAAGAGCUCGACAAGAUGAAGGGGGUGGAGAAACAGGAGCAGCUGGAGAGGAGGAAGCAGGUUGACAAGAAGAGAGCGUGGGAAAUGAUGUGCAGAGAGAAACCUGAUGUUGCGAAGGACCGCGACGCCGAAAGGGCUCUGCAGAGAAUAGCUACAAGGGGGGUGGUGCAGCUGUUCAAUGCAGUGAGGAAACACCAGAAAACCAUCGAUAUCAAGGUGAAAGAAAUCGGUGGCUCAGAGAGGAAGAAGGCCAAGCUUCUUUCAUCUGUCUCUAAGAAGGACUUCAUCGAUGUGCUGAGGGGAGUGGAGGGGGGCGGUGCCAGGAGCAGGGCUGAAGACACCACUGUGGCUUUAGCAGAGAAGCAGUCCUCCUGGAGUGUCCUCUCGGACGACUUCAUGAUGGGAGCCACCAUGAAAGACUGGGACAAAGACAGUGAUCGAGAGGAGGAUGACGCUGUGCGUACCGGCUGAAGAGACGUGUAACAGCUGGCUGUAACACCUUCACAGACAUUCUUUGAAUCAGAAACCCUGAUCUACAGAGAACUGCUGAACCUCUGGAAAUGUGGAACUACCCAAGUCUAGUUGCAAGCCCUGCCCGUUUGCCCCUGCAAGACAAACCAAUGGGAAACUGGAUGAGUUGUUGGACCUGGAGGAGCUCCUCCACCAUACUAUUGUAUUAAUGUAAACUCUGUACAUAAGAAUGUUUUGAAUAAACAACCAAUGGAUGAAAGGCCA